ACAACUACAGCAAUUGUCCGGGUGGUUUGUUUUGAAUCGGAUUUGAUUCUCCCAAUUUCAGAGGGUAAAUCUGCGAUUAAAGUUUCCGAAAGUUAGCACAUUGUCCAGGAAAACAUGGGUCUCCUGUCGUUGCUGCGCAAGUUACGUUCUGCACCGGAAAAGGAACUGCGCAUUCUUCUUCUUGGCCUGGACAAUGCGGGAAAAACUACGCUACUAAAGCAGCUUGCUUCCGAGGAAGUGACACAGGUCACACCCACGGCAGGAUUCAACAUCAAAUCGGUCGUUUCCGAGGGCUUCAAGCUGAACGUGUGGGACAUCGGCGGCCAAAGCAAGAUCCGACCGUAUUGGAAGAACUACUUUGAAAAUACUGAUGUUUUGAUCUACGUUAUCGAUUCCAGUGAUCGGAAGCGGCUCGAAGAAACCGGCGAUGAGUUGGCCGAACUACUCUUGGACGACAAACUCAAGCACGUUCCGUUGCUGGUUUUCGCCAACAAACAGGACGUUGCCGGAUCCCUCAAGGCUUCGGAAAUCGCCGAGUGUUUGAACCUGGUGAAACUGAAGGAUCGUACCUGGCAGAUUCAGGGCUGUUCGGCAUUGGAGGGAGCCGGGGUUAAGGAUGGAAUGGAUUGGGUUUGUAAAAGUAUUAAAAAGUAAGACUUUGUGGUGCCUUUGAGUCAGUGUGUGUAUAGAUUAUAAUAUUUUGUCCUAGUAAUUGUCCCGAUUAAGCUUCGCUUUUCCCAUGCUCUAAAGGCCGCCAUACAUUACACAAACGUGAGUGCAAAUCGAUGAUUCUACGGCGCUUAUGCUCGUCUACAUAAGAUACAAACAUAUUUCUUCACAAACGCAAACCGUUGCUGGUGCAAACAUCAACUAAAACAAUAAAAACCAUGUCUAAAGCUGGCCAUAGACUACACAAAGGGCCUGUACAAAUUCGAUUAUUACACGACGAAUGUUUGAUUCUAUGCUUGCCCACAAACGAUACAAACAUAUUUCACGCAAACCCAAACGAUUGCUGGCGAAAACAACAACAGCAACAACAGAAAACCAUUCCCACCCCGGCUGGGAGGAUGGUUUGUACAAAAUAUUUCGAUCCCGACCGAUUUUACUCCAACCGUUUGGGCGCUCAUUCAAGCAGUGCCAUACACGAUGCAAAUCGUGCUCACAGCGACAAAAUUUCAUCGAAUUUCAUUGCAUUUGUACAAAUGUUGUGUAGUCUGUGUCCCGCUUAUGCGAUUUGCAUAGUGUAUGACACUGCUUGAAUGAGCGCCCAAACGGUUGUAGUAAAAUCGGUCAGGAUCGAAAUAUUUUGUACAAACCAUCCUCCCAGCCGAGGUGGAGAUGGUGUUUUUGUUGCUGUUGCUGUUUCCGCCAGCAAUCGUUUGUGUUCGCGUGAAAUAUGUUUGUAUAGUGUGUGGGCGAGCAUAGAUCAAACAAUCGUCGUGAAAUCAUCGAAUUUGUACAGGCCAUUUGUGUAGUCUAUGGCCUGCUUAACCCAGCUGAGGCGGAGUAAAUGGUCAGGAAUUUGUUCAAACAGUACCAUACACCACUAGACCGAGUCGAUUUGGGGUCAUUUUGAAAUUUCUCAAACCAUGGGGUCUAGAAAGCUUCGUUUUUGUCCAAAACUAAUCCAUGAUUUUUUAUAGAAUUUUUAAGUAACGUUUAAAUCAGUAAACUUGAACUUCUUAGUUUGUAUGGGAAAAGUGAAUAUUUUUACCGGAAAAUCAACAUCGUGUUUGAUUCUUCUGAGGAAUCGAGCCUGCAAUUGAUUUUUGAUGCCAAUUUGUGAAUUCUCUAAAGUAAAUUUUCCGCUGAACAACUUUGUCCAAGACCGCAACUUUGCAUCUUAAAAGGCAAUACAGUUUUUAGCUGUUCAACAGGGGUAUGUCUUUUGACAUUGAAAAACAUCAAAUUCAAUUGAGAUUACUGCUGGUGCCUCGGGAAGUACCUACUGCAUGAAAGUAUUCAAUGACUACUAGUCAUGCAAAAUCUCGCUAGGCGCUCAGCAGUGAUGUCAAUUUAAUUUAUUGUUUUUCAAUGCCAUAAGACAUACCCCUGUUAAACAGCUUAUAACUUUUUUGUUUAGUAAGAUACGAAGUUACGGUCCUCGACAAAGAUGUUCAGCGGAAAAUUUGCUUCUGAGGAAUUAUAAAUUUUCACAAAAACCAAAACAUUUACUCAUGUAAACGUUACUUAAAAAUUUUGCAAAAAUUCAUGGAUGAGUUUUGAACCAAAACGAAGCUUUUAAGAUCCCAAGCUUUGAGAAACUAAAAAAUGAACCCGAAUUGACUCAGACUAAUACACCGUGCCACGAAGGAUAGUUGCGCAAGAAAUUUCAAUCCCAAACCAUAGACGAUGCAAAUGUUAUUCGCAAUCACAGAAUUCCAUCGACUUUGCGCAAAUAUGGUGUAGCCUAUGGCGACUUUAACCCUUUGUAAGAAAUUUUAAGCUACGUUAUCCGAACAAAACAGAAAGUGCUCUUACUAGUUUUUGUGUGGGCUUCCACACACUUUAGUGCCGUCCAGUCGUCCAAUGAAGAAAAGUGCAAUUUAGAUAAGCUCGUGUUAGUGAAAUAAAACCAAACCAGUAAACCGUAAA